CAGAGAGGCAAGCACAUCAGGGUCUGUAUGGGGCUCGAGAGUUGGUAUGAUGGCGCUGCGGCGCUAGAACAACCAGUGCCGUGAGUAGCGGCCGUGCGCGUAAACACGUUGCGACUUGUUGCAGGCGCUAUCCCCGCUUCUGCCACACGCAAUGCCGGCCAACGGUAGCAAUGACCAUGCAAAAUGGAUUUCGCAGAACUGAAAGCGUGGAACAGUACUUCAAACGAAGCAGUUUGCUCCGCGACAAUGAUCUUUAACACAAACAGUCAUGUUCAUGGUGUUAGAGAAAAAAUUAUGAUCGCAACGGACCCCUCCAACGUUGUUGGUAGAUGUGUCACGCAAAUGAAAAGCGUCGACUUCAACGUGCAGCUUCAGUUGUCUUCACGCCCAAGGCACAUUAUGGGAGCAAGCUGCACAUGUAAGGCUGGAUGCCGAGGGUGGUGUAAACAUGGAGCGGCCCUGCCUGUGUUUGGUUUGGUUCGUCACAGGCUGCCAAAGGCCAGCUUCGGGGCUAAAAAAUACAUAGUUCAUGACCGCGAUGAGCAAAUUUCCAAUGAUAGCAAAAAAAAAAAAAAUGUUAAAAUUUGAACAGCGUCUGUUUACCUCGCCCGUCGCAUCUUCUCAUAAAGCUUCUCAGGAAAUCAAUAAAAUUUAAUCUUUGGGAGCUUACCGGUGGUGUUUCUGUAGCCGUUGUAGCCGUACCCGCAACAGUACACAGUUUCACUCUUUUUUGACCGCGAUUCUGCAUCAUUCUUUCGAGGUGCCAUGCAUUGACCCGCACACGCUCGCAUUCAGCAGCGACUGAUUAGUAACACUGUGUCGCAGGCGGCGCUACUUGUUCAGCUCGAAGCUGCAGCUCUCGAGCCCUACAACGUAAAACACUUACAAUCUGUUUUUAUUCCAUAUUGGCCAUUAGCCCUCCGUGAUAGGCCAGAAUACUUCAGAGUCCAGCCCAUAUGGGCACAGCGCGAAACAUUUUGACCUAUUACAGAGGGCUAAUGGCCGAUUUGGAAUAAAAGCAGAUUAGAACACUUUUACAUUAUACCGGCCCUAGUUAGCUCGCAGGAUGCGAGGAUGCUCGCCAUACUAUGAUAGUUUUGCUCCUAUUUUCUUUGAUUUGAAGGAAUGAAAACAAAACUUACGGAGGCAGAACAAUGAAACACCAGGGAGAACACUGAUCGUGAGCUUUGCCCAAAG